GCUUCCCAUUCGUCUCUCUGUCUCACGCACCCUCUUACCCUCCCCCAGCUGGCAAGCUCCGACGAAAGAUUCAGGCGGCUGACCUCAACUUCCAUGGCCGGCACGUAGAUCCACCGACCAAUGCCUCGUGCGCAUUCAUCCAUGGGCUUCUGCUUCUAGCUUCUUCAUCGACGGUUUGCUACUUCUGCUUGCUCGUUUAAUAUGCCACUCCAUACGUGCGGAACUUUUAGUUACUUUGCGGUAACACUCAAACCUGUAGAGGCUUCGGUUCAUGCAUUGGAUCAAUGCAGUGCUAAGAUGGCUCGGGCAAACCAGAGAUCCUGCGCGCGUUGCCACAGGGACCUCCCGGGCUGCUCCUGCGGCGGCGGCGGGCACGCCCGGCUCCGCCGCAGCCGCGACCCGGCGGGCGGCGCCGACCGCAUCAGCUCCCUGCACGACGACCUGCUGCUCCAGAUCCUCAACCGCCUCGGCUGCGCCGCCGCCGCCGCCGCCCGGACGAGCCUCCUGUCGCGCCGGUGGCGCGGCCUCUGGACCCGCCUCCCCGAGCUCGUCCUCCGCGGGGUGACACUGACCCCCGGGUCGCUCCACGCCGCGCUCGCGCGGCUCGUCGCCGCGUUCGAGCUCGAGCCCCGAGCCCGGCCGCAGCUCCUCGACGUCCGGGCCCCCGGCUACCGCAGGUUCUCGCCCGCCCAUAUCGAGUCGCUGUUCGACGCCGCCGCGACGCUGCAGCCGGAGAACCUCGCCGUCAAAUUUGUUGGGCCCGUCCCCGGCAUGGUGAUGAUGCUGCCCCGCCUCGACGGCACCAGGUCCAUCACGCUGGAUGUGCAGGGCGUCUAUCUGUUCACGCCCCAGUGUGGGGACAUGCCCGACCUGGAGAGCCUGUCGGUUCGUCGCUUCAACACCCUCCUAGCUGGCCUGCUCGGCGGCUGCUCCUCCCUGCGCAGCCUUUCCAUCUCCGAUCUGCACCUUGACUCAAUCACGAUCAACCUGCCGUUGCUCGAGGAGCUUGUUCUGUCGGCCACGGUGCCGCUCCGGCGAGUCGUCAUCAUGGCCCCUAGGCUUAAGAAGCUGGCAUUUGAGGCCAGGGCGGGUGUCCUGGACGAUUUCGCCUUAAACUACAUGGCCCCAGAGGUGGAGGAUCUCUCAUGGCAAUGCUCUAGCCGCGCGUCACAUGUUCACUUUGGUGAUAUUUGGUCCCUGAUGCAUAUGGCCGUGACCAUGAAGACAUCGGAGCCUCAAGGGCAGCUGCAGCGCAGCCCUCCCUCCAACACCCUGCUGCUCAGCAUAUCUGAAUUGCAGGUGGAACAAGGUGCAGCCCCGAGCUUUGACUUUGAGCAUUACAUAUCAUCCGUCAGUCCCAUUGCCAACAUUUCUGCUUUAGAGCUGUGCAUCACCUCCAGGGGACAUGUCUGCGGACCACUGGUCCUGCACCUGCUGGAGGUUUAUACUUUGAUAAAGAGGCUUAAGGUGGACCUCUGUGUAAGCUUCAGGGCGAGAAGACAAUGCAGCGCGAACUGCCCCUGUAUUCAGUUGAAUAACUGGAGAAGUCGGACCCUCUCCUUGACUCAUCUGAAUGAAAUGGAAAUUGAAAGCGUUAGAGGGGAGGAUCAUGAAAUUGAUAUAUUGAAGGUGAUACUAAGAAGUGCAGCGAGGAUUGAAAGGGUGACCAUCACGUUCAAGACCAAGUCUAAACAGCACAUUCGCCGCUUUUCCAGUAAAAUCCAAAGCAUCUUGAAGGCACAUCCCUCCGUGAAGUGCGAAUUGUAUCGCUGUUCUGGUGAGCAGGUGUUGUCUGCAUGACUAGCUUGCUCGUAGAUGCAUGUGACAAGGUGGAGAAAGAAGAUGAGAGGAAGAAGGACUCAGGAAGAGCACACAAAGUGGAGCUGCUUAAGACUCUGAGCUGCAGCUGCUCUCCUCUUUAUAGACACAAGUUGUCAAGGUGAGCAUUUACAAGGUAAGGCACUAUAGUGUUAUGCAGUCUCUACCACUACUAGCUACUGCUGCUACUACUAGUCACUACUGCUACCAUGCUGCCAACUGCAGCUGCUACUAUACACAAUAGUGUUUGCCGCCCAACAUUGAAGAGGCAGCCUUAACUGAGCAGGAGCAAAAGCACUUACCAGUGUAGAACCUAGACAAGCUAGAGUAUGGGUAAUUAUCUAACAAUUCUUCCUCGAAUUGCACUGCUCUUGCUUGAUCUCCUCAACUCCAAUCUUGGUCCUCAAUUCUAUGAGUCGAAUGCGCCCAAGUGGCUUGGUGAGGAUGUCCCCGAGCUGUCGAGAUGUCUCGACAUACUCGAGCUUGAUCUGUCCACUGUCGACGCAAUCACGGAUGAAGUGAUACUUGGUGUCGAUGUGCUUGCUCCGGUCGUGGUGGACGGGGUUCUUCGCUAAGGCGAUGGCGGACUGAUUAUCCACCAUCAGGACGGGUGCCCGAGCUUCUUCUCCGGUGAGUUCUGCCAGUAGCCGCCCCAGUCAAACUCCCUGGCAACAUGCCGCCGCCGCCGCAAUGUACUCUGCCUCGCAAGUGCUCAGCGCGACGACCUUCGGUUUCAUCGACUGCCAGGAGAUCGGGCACGCUCCAAGGAAGAAGAGCACACCAGUCGUGCUUCUUCGUCCAUCAACGUCGCCCGCCAUGUCGCUGUCGCUGAACCCAAUCAGCUCCAGCUCUCCUCUACUUCUCCUUGGGUAGACGAGCCCGUAGUCGCGCGUCCCUGCCACAUAGCGGAGCAGAUGCUUGACCGCGGUGAGGUGAUCCUCCCGCAGCUCCGCCAUGAAUUGGCUCACGUACCCCACGGCGAACCCAAUGUCCGGCCGCGUGUGCGUGAGGUAACGCAGCGCACCGACGAUGCUCCGGUAGCUCGUGGCAUCCACCAAGGGGGCAGUGCUGUCCUUUGACAGCUUCACCUUCUCCUCCAUGGGCGUCUAGCACGCCCUGCACUCGCCCAAUCCGCUCCGCUCCAGCAGCUUCCUCGCGUAGGCGCUCUGGCGGAGCGUGAUGACAUUCCCGGUCUGCUCCACCUCAAUGCCAAGGUAGUAGGUGAGCAGACCGAGGUUUGACAUGCGGAACAUCGACUUCAUCUUCUCCUUGAACGCGUUGAUGUCCUGCUGCUCAGCUCCGGUGACGAUGAGGUCGUCAACGUACACGCUGACGAUCACCAGGCCUCCCUUCGACCGCCAUGUAUAGAGAGCGUGCUC